GAAAGAGUAGUGUGCUACCAUACCAAGUUGUUGGUUAUUUAAGGAGUCUAAAAUUUUUAAGUGGCCACCAAAAUCUAAAAAUCCUACACUUGAAAGCAUUAAAGCAACAUUGCCAAAAGAAAAUUGGAGUACAAUUCAUUAUAACAGGUUUAUAGGACCAUUUGCUACAUAUAAUGAAGCUAGAAGUAUUGAAAUCGAAGCUCUUAAUAUUUCGACUAAUGACGAAGAUGCAUUUGAAACAAUCACAAAUAAAGCAACUAAUUGUAAGCCACUUCCCAUGAAACGUGCAAUCAAAAAACCAUAUCGACUUUGUUCUUCCGAUGAAGAAUAUGAUAAGAAAUCAUGUGAAGAUAAAGAAUCUAAUGAAAAAUCUGAUGAAAAUUCUAAUGAAGAAUCUGAUGAAGCUGCAGAACAAAUUCUAAAACCUUACAAUAUCCAAAAGAGUUUCCAAAAACCUCCAACCAAUUAUAUUUCAAAGAAUAAUAAUAAGAAAUUUACAAGCGAAGAUGAAGCAUGUGUAGCAAAGUGUUUUGUUGACAAUGAAAACAAUAACAUAGGUUUUGAAAGUCAACCUUUGGAAUAUGGAAAUUUCUUUAGUCAGGAACCACUUCUAACGAAACAAUCUGAACCAACAAACAAUAAUGUUGAAUCAAAUAAUGAAAUAUAUAUAUCUGAAACAUUAAAUGAUCUAAAUGACACGAAUCAACUCGACGAACAAAUAUCGUUGCAACAAAAUAUACUUAAUUCAGCUCAAUUGGAUAACGAUAAAAUAUUAAAAAAUAAUUCAAUUAUUCAUAAUGUCAUUGAAACUACACGUAUACAAAAUAAUACUGACCGACAAAACGAACGACGUACGUUCGAACAUCAUGAAUUAUGUUGCGCAUCCUGUCGUAGAGAUAUUCAGACAAUUAAAAAAACAAUAAAUUCAGUUUAUCUUCUUGUAUUGGAUAUGAGUAAUGAAGCACCUCGCGAUGCUACCAAUAAUCUUGCUUUAAACUUGCCUAUUACAUCAGAAAAAGAAUUGAAAGACUUUGAAAUAUUACUAAAAGAAGAUGCUGCAGCUCGGUCACAAUAUAGACUAUAAUUAAUUCUCGAUUAGAUUCUACGAUU